GCUGCCUCGGCGGGCCGGCGGGAGAGCGGCGGGGCUCGGCUCAGGCACGGGGGCACGGCUGGCACACCGGCCGAGCUGACGCGGGGAGGACGGUCCGGCAGCGCCGCCGUGUCCAUGGACUAGCCGAGGCAGCGGAGACACCCUCGCUUACGCCGGCCGCCGCCUCGCCCUCCGCCCAACUCGGCGAAACUUAGCGAGCAGGCUGCUGCCCCGACGCUGCGCUAUAGAAGAUGCACUAUUACCGAUAUUCUACUGCAGAAGUCAGCUGUUGGUACAAAUAUUUGCUCUUCAGCUACAACAUUGUCUUUUGGCUAGCUGGAGUGGCCUUCCUUGCAGCUGGUCUGUGGGCAUGGAGUGAAAAGGGUGUAUUGUCUGAUCUGACAAAGGUGACUGGUCUUCAUGGUCUGGACCCAGUGGUGCUUGUCUUAGUGGUGGGAAUAGUGAUGUUUACUUUGGGAUUUGCUGGCUGUGUAGGAGCACUGAGAGAAAACAUCUGCCUUCUGAAGUUUUUCUGUGGAACGAUCGUGUUUAUAUUCAUGUUGGAGCUGGCAGUAGCAGUUAUGGCUUUCCUGUUCCAGGACUGGGUGAGGGACAGGGUAAAAGAAUUCUUUGAGAAUAACAUUAAAUCCUACCGAGAUGAUAUUGACCUCCAGAACAUCAUUGAUUCACUACAGAGAAUUAACCAUUGCUGUGGUGCCCAAGGUCCAGAAGACUGGGACUUUAACAUAUACUUUGACUGCAAGAGUGAAAGCAAAAGUCGUGAGAAGUGUGGAGUUCCUUUUUCCUGUUGUAUACCUGAUCCUGCUCAAAAAGUUGUGAAUACACAGUGUGGCUAUGAUAUCAGAAAGAAGAGCAAAAGUCAAUGGGAUGAACAGAUUUUUGUCAAGGGRUGUAUUCAUGCACUUGAAGCUUGGUUACCCCGAAAUAUCUACAUUGUUGCAGGUGUCUUCAUAGCUAUCUCACUGCUUCAGAUUUUUGGGAUUUUCCUAGCCAGGACAUUGAUUUCUGAUAUUGAAGCUGUAAAGGCAAGUAAUGCCUUCUGAAUACGAAAGCAGAACACGUGUUGCAAACCAAUAUAUUUUAAGAUUCAUUGGACACAAAGGUGGAAGAAAUGCACGGACCAUGAAAUACUGCUGUUGUUAAAAGCCUUAUGUGGAUUUUUUUCCCUGCUCGAAGCUCUUACAAAAAAAAAAAAAAUCGCCAAACACAUACAAUCUACCUUUUUUCUAAAAAGACAACUCAGUCCACCAGCGUUGAUYUCUGAGGAAGAAAUGGAAUUUCCAAGUCAUUGGCCAAACAGAUUUUAAAGACUGUAGCAGGGAGACAUGAAACUGCUGUAAACCCUUUCUUUGAAGGAUUGCUAAGAAGAUUGUUCUGUCUUCACUCUUCUCAUCUGUCUUAAAAUGUAGUUUUUUCAAAUAUCACGUGCUGAUUUCUUCAGCAUCUUGAAAUCAUACUAAUCUCUACAGUAGACUUAUCCAGCCAUUUUUGGCAAGAUAUCCAGCAACGAUAAUCGGAAAUUGGGAAAAAAAAAUCUCAAACAGUCUAGAUCUUCAGUUGAAUUUUGUUUGUGCAAACUCUAUGCUGUUUUGAAAAAAUGCAAGCCAGUUCCCAGGAUGGGAAAAAUCUGACUGWCUAUAGCAUUGUGUUACAAAUCUCUGUUUCACGCAAGACUGUGUGUAAAGCCCUGAUGCUGUUUCCUGUCUGAGAAAAAUGUAAAUAUUCUGUAUUUAUAGAAGAAAAACCUCUUUGAAAAUGCUUAUCCUCAAUGAUCAGUAAUAUCUUUAAAAAGUGCUGUCUGCAUAAACUUCAAAAUGCAGCUUGUUUCAGUAGGUGGCAAGGAUGCUGUGCUGGCUGUUGGUGGCUUUUGUUACUUCUCUAGUUUCUCUCACAACUGCUAUGAUCUUCACAAGUCUUAACUGCCACUACCAGGACUAGUGAAAGACUUACAAAUUCAGUGUUAAUCCUUACUAAAAUAUGUUUUUAAAUAAGGAAGUACAGGUUAGGGAAAGAUUAAAAGUUGUUGAAUUUUUAAGUCUUCUAUAAAUCUGUUGAAUGUUCAGUUCUGCCUGGUUCAUGGUUCAAAUGUGAAUCAAAGUACAGUGAACCAGAAUUAUUUCUUUGCCAUAAUUUUCUACAUGAAACUGGACUAGUCCUUCUUACAUGAGAAUCUUUAUUUUAAUCAAGAGAAAGCAAAACUUUUUUUCCAGUCCUCUCCUUGUGGGGAUUUAGUAGAUGAAGCUGUAGUUCAGUAAGAGUUUCCAGUCUUUUGUGGAAGGCUUUGGUGUUGUAUCCUUAGCUUUGAGGURAAAGUGUGUGGCUGAAAAGUUCUUGGAAGUAGCUAGAGCUGUCAGUUUUACUGUGGGCCAUGUAACUAAUAUUUACUGUUCCAGUGACACUAGAUUUUUCAGCGAGAGCAGAUGUAUUUACAGUGCCUAACACAGUGCAAAUUUUGGAAAAGUAUAUUUUUUUAUAAUGAUAUUUUACUAUAUGUAGUGUGCCUGAAGGGUUUAAUACUUGUAUUUCUAAAGUAUCUGGCUUUCUUUGGAAGCCCAACUUUCAAAUACAUUAUGUCUUUUUUUUUUUUUGUAUUCUGCAUAGACUGAAAAAACAUUUCAGUGGCAAAAAUUGAUCAACAGUGAGAAUCUUUGUGCCUGGAUUGUCUAGGCAUCCUUCUGGCUUGUGAUCUGUGAAGCACUUCAGACAGUGCUCACGUGAACUUCAGCUUUCAUAGUUCUUUGUCUGGCCAGUGAUUGAGACACAACAGGAAAAGGAAGCUUGUCUAAGGAUGRCUGAUUUCCUUACAGUAGCAGACAGUGUCUACUAUUAACUGAUCUGAAAACGUGAAAUCAAAAUGGCAGGAAGUACACUGUGACUUUUCUAACUUCGGUGUACAACAAGAAAACAAUAACAGUAGAUCACUGAGGGGAGAGCAAGAGGCRUUUCUUCUGUAAAGCUUUGAAUUUGAGGUCUGUGUUGCUUAUUUGUUGAAUCUAAUCCACUAGGAGCAGCCAGAAAUGUGUGAUUGUACUAUGACUUUGCAAGCAGCACAGCAGUCCACAAACUUUGCUUUAAAUUCUGGUGCUUGAAACUUUGAAACACCUCGUCAACCAACUUACUUGGUUAUGUGUAAUGAUCUGAUAUAUGUAAAAUUGGAGAAGGAUGCUUCCUAUUUGUAACUUUUUAUUCGUAAAAUAUUGCAUUGAAAAUGACAUCUUGGGAGUACAUUUCCCUUUGCCAGUUUUUGACCCAGCUCCUAAUGCUAGGAAGGAAUUCCAGCAGUUUGUGGAAAAUAAUCCUGGUGUCAAGGAUGGCUGUGGAGUUCAUGCACCGAAAUUAGCUCCUGACAGGAGCCAGCGUUGUGGAUUAGGAUUCCAGGGUCUGCAAAUCUUGCCAAGUUGCCUGAAGACAAAUUAAUAUUUGUUCUUUUUGAGGUACUGUUUGUAUGCAAAAUGGAAUUUAAUUGAWGUAUUGUCUUUUCACAGUUUGUUCUUUGGCCACAUUAACACCAGCUUUGUAUCAGUGCUUCAGUUAAUUGGAACUGAAUUGGAAAGAAGUUCAACUUGUUUGAGGAUCUUUAAAUUCAUGGAGUGAUUUCUUUUUUGCCACUGUGGAUUAAUUCUCUGUGCUUACUCAGUAUUAUUUUUAAAAUCCUGGGGCUCUAGGUUUUGCCCCUUUAGGUUUUGAUGUACCCCUACAACGUGACUAGCGUAAUUUCAGACUUGUAAUGGGAACACUUUCUACUUAGUUUUAUUUAGCACCUUCUCUGUGGACCUGCAGUGACUUCAUGGCUAAGGAUUUAGGUUACGGUCUAAAAAAAGUCUUGUCAGCAAAUGCAGCUGGGUGUGAGCCUGCCUUUAAAGCCUCAAAGGAAAAGUAGUUCAGCAAUCUCACAGAGGUUUCAUACAUUGUUGAUGCUGAGAUUUCAGUGGUUGCAUUUAGAAUAACUUCACAAACACUACAGUGGAACCAAGGUUUUCAAUGAAGAUGUCAAAUGAGGUCAGACUUGAAGAACUGGACUGAGAAAAGAAAACUUAAAUGUGAUCACUUUUAUUUCUCAGAAACGAGCACAGUUUAUUUCCGUUAAGCAAUGUAUGUAUUUGUCAGUCUGUUUUGACAGUGCAGCUGCCUCUUUGUUUCUAUUAAUAGAACUGCUUUUGGACACAGUUUCCCAGUACAUGAAGAGGAUGAUUAAUAUAAGCACUGAAAAAAGUGCAGUGACCAAAGGACCUUCAGCUGCCUCAUGAAAAUCUGAGUGUUUCUUCCCAAGAGGUCUUUGSCUUUGGUGACUUUAUGCAGUGCCACGUGGAUAGGCUUGUGCUUCCAGUCUAUUGAGCUUGAUGUGGCAAUUGAUUUAUGUGUAGAAUUGCCUUGGGUUUUGUCUCCCCAUUCCAUCCUUCCUUUUUAAUUCCCCUUACUACCUGUGCAUUGUCAUGCAGCUUGAACAUUGUUCAGCCAUUGGAAGGGGAGCUUCUGUCUCCUCUUCUGAGAUGGCUUUUCUGAGUGACUUUCAAUAUAUUUUUUUUCUCAAGCCUUAAAUUUGAUUAAAUAAAAUUUAAUAUUUUCUA